UACACGCAAAACAAAGUUUCUGCUACUUCUGCUGAGGGAGGACAGACCCGAACCAUCAAAACCUUCAACAACAACAUCGCCAGGAGGACAGAACCUCCACUCUCUCUCUGCGGUGUUCCUGGUUUCGCCUUCAUACCAUGUGCUGCCUCUGAAGGAGACAACCAGCUAUUUAAAUCCACCCUGAAAGACCAUGCUCCACCUCCUGCUGCCUGCAGUGCUGGCCGUUCAAGCAAUGGCUGAGAUGCAACUUCGUGUCCCGGAGCAACCUGUGGUGGCACUGUACGACCAGGAUGCAACUCUCAACUGCUCCUUCAGCCACCCCAAUGUCUUCAACUUAUCUGAUCUGAGCAUCUUCUGGCAGCUAACAGACACCAAGCGUAAUGUACACACGUACUCAGAAGGGCACGACCUGCUGGUGGACCAGGCAGAGCGCUUCGCUAACCGGACCAGCCUGUUCCCUACGCAGCUGAAGCUGGGCAAUGUUUCGCUGCUCCUAAGCAAGGUGGUGGUGGCUGAUGAAGGCAGUUACACAUGCUUUGUCAAGGUGCAGGACUACGGAAGAGCUGCUUUGUUUCUGCAGGUGGCUGCGCCGUACACCAAACCUGUGCUAACUUUGGAGCCUGAAUCCAACCUGCGUCCAGGUGACAAAGUGGCCCUUACCUGUGCGGCAUACAGAGGUUACCCUGCUGGCGUUGUUGUAUGGCAGGAUGGUAGCGGCCGUAACCUGACCGAAAACGUCACCCUUUCACUGGUGGCUAAUGAAGAAGGACUGUUCACUAUGACCAGCGUAUUAACCGUUACCUUGGAGCCCAACAGCACAUACAGCUGCCAGCUCAUCAACCCACUGCUUGGGGAAGAGGGCUACGCCUCUGUCACCAUCACAGGUCAGAACAUCGCAUUCCCCCCGGUGGCUCUGUGGGUUACGGUCGGGCUGGCCGUGUGUCUGCUCGUGCUGCUCGUCGCGCUGGCUGCUGUUUGCCGCAGGAAGAUCAAGGAGAGCUGUGAGGAGGCCAGGAGAGAAGCAGAAGAAGCCAAAGAACUCAAUGAAGACGAGUCAGAGACAGCCAUGACCCCACUGAAGACUUAAGGCAUGAAAAAGGAGUCGAGGCCAGAUAGUGGGGAGGGUGGAAGAGAGUGGUGUGGUAGGUAAUCCCGCUCCACCUAUCCAUCAACCUGGAGACUAUUUCCAGCGUCCCCUGCAGAAUGUCAAAGCCUCGCUGAGCAGAGGAUGAGUCCAUCAUCUUCUUUCCCCCCCGAGUUUCUAUUAAAUCACAUAAACACAUCAUGUGCCAUUAUUUUCUAUUGCCCUCCCCGCAUUGGUCUCCAUGGAGAGCCGUGACAGUGAGUACACGCUGCUGAGUGAGCUGUGUUCCAUGCAGCAUGCAGACGGAAGCCUUUGUCUGUCACUGACAUCACCGUUUGAGCGGUGACGAGGCGCGUGCCACAGAUCUCCUGUCUGCUCGGAAGUGAGACACUUAAAGAGAUGACCCUGACUCAGUUGCCAGAGACAGAACUUGGCUCUCCUAUUACUCCAGGACUUGCUAAUUAGCGUCUGUCGCUGGAGUAACUUGUACCUGUCACUGUGUGCUGCUUUCCGAUAUUCAAUAAGUUGAGGAAAUUGAAAUUGAAUGCCAGUUAAGCUCCAACAAAUUGCAAAUGGCGCAUGUGAUACAGCCUAAUUUCCUCACUGCUCUGACAGCUUUACAUGUACGAAACCGUUUUAAUGAACACAGACUAUCUUGUUUUAUUCUUAUAUGACUGUUUUCUCCUUUCAAUGCUAGUUUUUAAAAUAUGUUUUUAAUAUUUUUUUACACUUUAGCAAGUCCUAGUUUGGUGUUUCUUUGUAUGAAGGCCUAUUUACAUUAAAGAGAUGGUGAAAGUGUGUGGUCAUGGGUAAUUAUUGUUUCUCUUUCAGGGUCACUUUGUGUUCGUGGAGGCAGAACAAGGUUGAGUUUAUUAGAGACCGUUCUUUUAAUCACGUACAAGUUUAGCUGCGCUGUUCAAAGACCGCCUCCUAUAUUCUACAAGGGUGAUUUAUCUGCCACUUGCCCUAUUCUACAUAAUGACUAAAGCAUGAAUUAUUGUCAAAGUCACACAAAUAUUUCAUUGACUUGCAGAUCACACCUGUCAUGUUGAAUUGUUUCCUGUUAGCUGCUCUUUUUUUUUUCUUUUUUUUUUAGGGUUAAUUCUGCUUUGUUUACCGGUGCUCAGUCAUCCCAAACAUUUUACUUGCUUUGAAUAAUGGAUUUAUUCUGUGAUUGUUUGCUGCUGUCAUAUACGGAAUAACCAACUUGCAUCAGCUCUGACAUGUGUGAGUUCCUGCAGCACACAAAGCCACGUGCGUGGCAUACGCUGUGUCCACGGUCUGAGCUGGCUGAGGCUGGUGAUCAGGCCCCAGGUUGUGUUCAAGCGCACACAUUUCUCUCCGCAAUAGCCCUUGACCUUCCCGUGUGUCCUCGUGCCCCAGACACCCGCCUGAAAUUAAAUUACAGAUUGGAGACUGCGGGGCCAAAGAGGGGUUUAUUUAGCUGUUCCUUUUCUGAGAAGCACUCAUUUUACCGUUCAGGUACUGGGGAAAAAAAAAAAAAAAA